AUGUAUGAAGAUAACAAAGAGAAUUUUGAUGAAGAAUCACAGUUAGUUUCAAAAUCUUUGGUUUUCGAUGAUCGUAAUUCAUUAUCAAAUUUCAUAAGAAUCUACACACUUUAUCGUAGAUUUAUCAAUUGGGUUGAUGAUGAAGAUGUUGAUAAUGACUAUAUGAGAUCGAAAUGUGUUAAAUUCUUUGUAGAUUUCUAUGUAGAUAAAUAUAUUCAUUAUACAGAUAACAAUGGCUACACCAAGUUCAUCGUCGAGGUAUUCUACGAACGAUCACUAAAUGUGUUCAAUCACAUGAUGAAAUUUAAAUGUGCAACCUAUAGACCUGUAAUAAAAGAUAUCUACAAUAGAAUUAUUAAUGAUAAAAGAUUUAAAGAAUGGUUUAAUAAAUUAAAUCAAUCUGAUAUCGAUCAACUAAAACAUAGAAUAGAUACAUAUUUUAGAAUUUGUUAUUUUGGAGAAAUAGAAUCGAUAUCUAAUUUUAAUUAUGAAUAUCUUUAUAAAUUAGCAAAUGAGAACGAUAAUGAAGUUAACAAUAGUAAUAGUAAUAUCAUUAAUGAUAACAAUCAACUAUCAUCUUUAACAAUAUCAUUGACAGACCAACAACAUCAACUCUCAGAUAUAAUUUUAGAAAUGAUAAUUUCAUUCACACUAAAUGUUAAACACACUCAUUGUACUGAUAGAUACCACUUCAAUGAAACUUUACAAACACCACUAUAUGGCAGUGAAAUAGUAACAUUGUCUUUGGUAUCCAAACGAUUCUUUAAGAUCAUAUCGAAACAUCUUGAUAAAAACUACUAUCUUUGGAGUAACUAUUUCAAUGCAGGCAAUGAAUUUUGUCUAAUUAAGCAAUCACCAUUAUUCUUUGACUACGAUUCAAUCAAAUAUUUAAGAUAUGAUCGUGGUAUUAAAUAUGUUGACAAUCUCCUCUCAAGAGUCGAAACAUUCUUUAUCCAAUCGGAUGAGAAAGACUCUACGCUAGAGAGCAACGGUUCCAAGGCAUAUCUGUACGACUACGCCGAAGCAAACGGUAUGCAAUACCGAAAAAUCUCGAGAUUCAACUAUCUUGACUAUAAGCUAAUUCCCAAAGUGAAACAACUAACCAACUGUAGAUUCAAAUUGACACCAAUCGAUAAUAUUCUAAACGGUAUCAAAAAGAUAAGUUGGAAUGAAAAAGAUGAACAAGUCUAUCAAUAUUUAGUUAAUCUUAAUGUGGUAUAUGCUGAAGCAGAAGAAGGAGAAUGGAUUCAGAAUGAAGAGCAAAUCGUACAACGACUUUCAACAGAAGAAUUAAGAGAGGAGAGAUGGGAUUUGAAAGCCAAAAUCAUGCAAGAAAAGAUUAAAACCUUUAGAAUAAUGCUAAGUAUAAUGAAAUCUAAAAAUUUGCUACCAAAAUCAGUUUCAAAGCUUGCCUUGACUGGUGAACCAGAGGCAGGUAUUGCAAUUGAUUCCAUUUUCGGUCUUGGUAUUUGGGAAUGGCUUUUCGGAGGUGGUCGUGGUGAAACAACAUUUGAUGAAAAUGGUUUCUCUGGUGGUUUCCGAGCUCCUGGACAUGGUGGUGGUCUUCUCUCUGGUAUCUGGGGUGCUUCCAAUCCAUAUGCUCAAUCUACAUCGCAGUUGGCUGCCUACACUGCCAUUACCACUCCACAAACCAUUGCCACCAUUGCAACAUUGACCGGUGUGUAUACCAUUCGACCAACUUUGAACCCAACCCAAGUGGCCACGAUUUUCGCACCAACUAACCCAGGAACCAUCAAUGGUAUCGACUCUCGAACUGCUGCACCAACUGCCUCCCCAAUUGGAGGUACUGGCACACGUACAUUUAAUGGAGUUGGUGGUAUUCAAUUAGGAUCUCCAAUCCUUGAUGCAGGACAACAAUAUUAA